UGUUGUCUUAAGGACAAGGAGGUCAGCAAAAGAGAGAAAUAUAGAAACUAAAAACAUACCCUGUAAAUAUUAAGCAUAUAUAGAUUCAAUGUUUACAUAGAAUAGAUGAUAAUCUAAUAAAUUUAGUUAUGGUGUUUUAUCUUUGGUUGUUUUUAGAGUGAAAUUAGUUUAUGAUGGCCCCUUUAAAACAUAACGGAGGGUUUACGUUUCACUCGUUCACAGACGUUUCCAUUAUCGUCUGGUCUUCAUGCUGUUAGAAGCCGAUAUCCUUCUCAUUUUUUGCUAAACAUACGCCGGAUUUCAAAAUGUAAAGAAGACUUCGCCAUCAGAAACAUGUAAUUUAAAUUUAAGAGAAUUAAUCGGGCUUUUCGUGGUGGUUGGCUAACAGAAGCUACGCUACAUGGACAAUCUUCAGAAAUUAGUUCAGGACAGGUUAGCUUCCUGUAGCUAACUCUGUUAUGUGAACUAACUAAACCAGGUGGAAAAUACUCCCUGCAACUCACUGGUGUUGCAGGUCGCGCUCAUGUGCCCAUGGAGAAGACGGCUUAUGAGAGAUGGCUGGAGUCAGUCUCUGCCACUUUCCUUUCUCUUAAUGACCAGCAGCGCAACCACUCCCUAGACCACCUUAUAUCUUUAAGCAGUGCAGUCCAGCUUCGUCAUCUGUCCAAUGGCCUGGAGACGCUGCUGAAACGGGACUUUCUACGCCUCCUUCCUCUGGAGCUGGCCUUCUACCUGCUGCGGUGGCUGGAUCCUCAGACCUUGCUCACCUGCUGCCUGGUGUGUAAACAGUGGAAUAAGAUGAUAAACUCGUGUCCGGAGGUGUGGCAGGGAGUGUGUCGGGAGCUGGGUUGGAGGAUUGAUGAGUCCAUUCAGGAUGCUUCCCAUUGGAAGGGGGUCUAUUUAAAAGCUAAACUGCGCAUGAUGCAGCUGAAGGAUCAGGAGGCCUUUGAGACGUCAUCACUCAUUGGCCACAGUGCUCGUGUAUAUGCCCUCUAUUAUAAGGACGGCCUCCUCUGCACAGGAUCCGACGAUCUUUCGGCAAAAUUAUGGGAUGUACGUACAGGACAGUGCAUUUAUGGGAUUCAGACACACACCUGUGCCACAGUCAAGUUUGAUGAGCAGAAGCUGGUGACCGGGUCCUUUGAUAACACUAUUGCAAGCUGGGAGUGGAGCACAGGGGCUAAAAUCCAGCAGUUCCGGGGCCACACAGGAGCAGUCUUCAGCGUGGACUACAAUGAUGAACUGGAUGUCCUGGUCAGUGGCUCUGCAGACUUCUCGGUGAAGAUCUGGUCUCUGUCUGCUGGUGCCUGUCUCAACACCCUGACUGGACACACUGAGUGGGUCACAAAGGUCAUACUACAGAAGAGUGAAGUAGAAUCCAUGGUCCACAGUCCCGGUGAUCAUAUUCUCCUAAGUGCUGAUAAGUAUGAAAUAAAGAUUUGGCCUUUAGGCAGAGAAAUCAACUGUAAGUGUUUGAAGACGCUGUCUGUGUCGGAGGACCGCAGCAUCAGCCUCCAGCCUCGCCUGCAGUUUGAUGGACGCUAUAUCGUCUGCAGCUCCGACCUCGGUGUUUAUCAGUGGGACUUCGCCAGUUUUGAGAUUCUCAGGGUAAUAAAAAUGCCGGACCCAGCCAACCUGUCCCUGCUCAGCUUUGGUGAGGUGUUUGCACUUCUUUUUGACAACCACUUCCUUUAUGUGAUGGACCUGAGGACAGAGGCUAUCUCAGGCCGCUGGCCUCUUCCAGCUUACAGAAAAUCCAAACGAGGAUCCAGCUUCCUGGCAGGCGUGACUUCAUGGCUCAACGGCCUGGAUGGAGGCAAUGACUCAGGACUGGUGUUUGCCACCAGCAUGCCUGACCAUAGCAUUCACUUAGUACUGUGGAAGGAGAACGGGUAGAAGAGGAGAAGCUCUCUGAGUCCUGGACAGUUGGAACAUGAGCUGCCAUCACAUGUACUCUGGAUUAUACAACUGCCAAGCUGCAUCAUACAUGGACCAAAUGUUGUUUUGUCUUCAUCUUAGUCCUCCUCAGGCACAAACACUGUGUCAUUGACCAAAAAAAAAACAAUUUCCCCCAAAUUAGUC